ACUAUUGCACUUGUAAGAUACGGCCUCAACGCUGCAAACGUUUCGCAUGCCUGCCAAUAAUUUAGUCGGCUUUGCUUAUUGCUAUUUCAAAUUCAAAUCUCCUUUUGACCGGAUCAUCAAGACAUCUGCAGUUAGAGGAUAUCUGGAUUGAGAAACAGGUUUUAAAAGAGAGGGAGAGGGAGAGGGAUAGGGGGAGACUGAGUGAGAGACAGAGACAGCGAGAGAAGGGGGAGAGAGAGAGAGAGAGAGAGAAAGAGAGAGAGAGAGAAAGAGAGAGAGGCAAUGAGAUGUCGAUAUUUUCUGAAAUAUAUGAAUAAGGUUUAUUACAUUUUUUUCCUCACAGUGUUAUAUUUCCGACCGAUCAUUUCAUUAUAGUUUUAAAUGAUACACGUGCUACUGAAUAUAUUUUGUAAAGGCGGCACAUCUCUUUUAUUGUAUAUUUUUAUUUGCACAACAUUACGCUCGAGCAUAAGAGAAAACAAACGAUAGCUGUUUGGGGGAAAUGUAAGCGGAUUUGAUUCAGCAGCAGUCGAAAAAGAGAUUAAGCCGACAGCAGUGCAAGUUAAAUUGCGCUGCCUCUAAAAAAUGGGCGGAUUGGUCUUUAGAUGAGAGAUUGGUACCACCUUCCAUUCUAAAAUAAAAUCUCCCUGGCAUGAAGUCACAGCCUAUUUCACAUCCGGUUUACCCAGGGACAUAAUACUAUUGUCUAGGUAAAGAAACGCUUUAUUUAGUCACAUUCCUUUUAUUUGGAGUAGAUUUUACGGUUAGAUUACCAAUUUGCAAAGAGACCAAGGGAGAGCUGCGCUCCCCACACCGAGGAAUACUAAACCGGACCCGAGCAAUACUCAGCGUCUCCAGCCUCUGCAACACGAGCCUCCAGAUCAAAUUCAUCUCAACACUAAUCCACCAGGAUAUUUCAUUCGCAUCCUUUCUCCGCUCUGAAUAUUUUGCCGAAAAAGAAAACCGCAGAAGAGAAAAUUUUACAGUUUCAUGGUAUCAGACCCAGCAAUGACGAGAGCUGCAUUUUUCAUCAGCUGCACGUGGGUAAGCCUUCUGAUAGUCAGUGUCCUCUGUGGAAAAAGUGGACAGAAAUCAAAUGUGGAGGAAAUGGUAGACAACACUACAGUAUUCACAAAGAUUCUGGACAGCUUAUUGGAUGGAUAUGACAAUCGACUUAGACCUGGGCUGGGAGAGCGUGUAACAGAAGUGAAGACCGAUAUCUUUGUUACGAGUUUUGGUCCCGUUUCAGAUCACGACAUGGAAUAUACAAUAGAUGUUUUCUUUCGACAAAGCUGGAAAGACGAACGAUUGAAAUUCACAGGGCCUAUGACUGUUCUUCGCCUAAAUAAUCUAAUGGCCAGUAAAAUAUGGACACCAGACACAUUUUUCCACAAUGGUAAAAAGUCAGUGGCUCACAAUAUGACCAUGCCAAAUAAGCUAUUGCGAAUUACUGAAGAUGGUACACUUCUUUAUACAAUGAGAUUAACUGUAAGGGCUGAAUGUCCCAUGCAUUUAGAAGACUUUCCUAUGGAUGCCCAUGCCUGUCCUCUGAAGUUUGGCAGUUAUGCUUACACUCGUGCUGAAGUUGUGUAUGAAUGGACUAGGGGGGCAGCUCAGUCUGUGGUUGUAGCAGAAGAUGGCUCACGAUUAAAUCAGUAUGACUUACUGGGACAAACAGUUGACUCUGGCAUUGUCCAGUCAAGCACAGGAGAAUAUGUUGUCAUGACCACACAUUUUCAUUUAAAGAGGAAGAUUGGUUACUUUGUCAUUCAGACAUACCUGCCCUGUAUAAUGACAGUGAUUUUGUCACAGGUGUCAUUUUGGCUCAAUAGAGAAUCUGUUCCUGCAAGAACUGUUUUUGGAGUCACAACUGUACUAACCAUGACCACCCUCAGCAUCAGUGCUAGGAACUCUCUGCCUAAGGUGGCCUAUGCUACAGCUAUGGACUGGUUCAUUGCAGUGUGUUACGCUUUUGUGUUCUCUGCUCUUAUUGAGUUUGCAACAGUAAAUUACUUCACAAAGCGAAGCUAUGCCUGGGAUGGGAAAAGCGUUGUUCCUGAAAAGCCAAAGAAGAAAAAAGAAUCACUCAUAAAGAAGAAUAACACAUAUGCUCCAACAGCAACAAACUAUGCCCCAAAUAUUGCCAGAGACCCAGGUUUGGCAACAAUUGCAAAAAGCGCUCCUCCCCCUGAUGCUAAAGAAGAACCCAAACCCAAACCUCCUGAGGCUAAAAAAACCUUUAACAGUGUGAGCAAAAUUGACCGGAUGUCCCGAAUAGCUUUCCCACUACUUUUUGGAACCUUCAACCUGGUCUACUGGGCAACAUAUUUAAACAGGGAGCCUCAGAUCAAAGGCUUAUUUCAACCUCACUAAGUUCACUUGUUUUAUGAAUGUCCAUUUAAAACAAAGAUGUGUUGACUUUUUAAGGAUGGUCCAGUUACUUGCUGCAUUGCUUCUGCCAUUGAAUUAUUAAUAAUAAAAAUAUUAACUAAAGUUUAUCUUCAGCAUUUAAAGGAGGAAUGGCACCCUCAGAAACAUUAAGCAAUGUGGUUAAGAUCCUAAAGAGGUUGUUAGGAAAGGUGUGCUGUUACUCUUAAAUUAUGCUAUCAUAGUAUAUAUUAAAGAGAAUAUUAAUCUACUUGUGCACACAACCUAACUAAUAUUAAGGAUUUUGUUGGUAUUGUUUUGCAUUGGACCAUUAACUUUUUAACACAUUUUAUUGGAAAAAAAACUAACGUGCGGUAGAUAUUUGCAUGGACUGGGAUUUUUUUUUCCAUUUAAUAUGUUAACAUUUUGGCUAUUAUGCCUAAAAAUGUCUGAUUUUUCAAUUCACAAAGCAUAGCUGAGUCAAUAAGUCAUAGAUUCUUCCAAAAUGCUAGAGAAACAGAGCUGCUUUUAUUUUACAUCUUUUUUUCCCUUUACAUCACUCAAGAUAGGGAUUCUGCAAUAGCAAUAAAUACAUGUCUCAGCGGAUACAUUUUAUUUCCGUCAGUAUUUAAAACAAAAAAAAAAAUAUAUAUAUAUAUAUAUGUUUUGUUUUAUCUUUACAGCAUUAUUCCUAUUGUUUGAUUGUAAAUAUUCUCUAGCAUUACUAAUGCUAAAAUUGAGUAAAGCUUUGCAAACUGUAAUGAAGCAGUAUAAAUAUUCUUAACCUGAGAAAGGCAGUAACAUUAAAUUUUUUAUUGAGAUACAAUGUUAAAGCGGUUGAUGCAGAAUGUACAAGUGUGUGUCACUUUGUGUAAAAUGGAGGCAAAUUUUCUUCCAGUAGACUUUUAAAUGCAAGUUUGUAAACUGUCCAGUGAUUAUAUGCACCCCACAACUCUGUAUUGGAAUAAGCGGGUUCAGAAAAUGGAUGUGUAUAUAAUAUAUAAUAAUAAAUAUAUACUAUAUAUAUAUAUGUCUUUAGAGCAAUGGGGAAGAAGAAUGUAUCCAUAACUUUUAAUGUAGGAAUGCUUUUUAUAUUUAGAAUUAAAUUAUUCUUAUUAUUUAAACUUGUUUCUGCUUUCUAUGGAAUUGAUCCUUUGGUAUUUGCAAACAAGUUAAAGAAAAUCAAAAGCCCUGAAAGUUUCGGUUGCACGGCAUGCACACUGCUGGCUGAGCAGCAGUGCCUUUUAUGGAAGUCCAUAUUGUUAGGAUUGCAAGAAAGCUAGAAUUAAAGAAGCAGUCAAACAAGAGCAUAUUAAAAUAUGUCCUUUUUUUGUCACUUUCAGCAGUUACAUUAUUAUACAAUACCAGCUACACUGCCUUCCGUCAUUAAAGAUGCAUUUUCAGUUGGUAACUAUCUGCUAAACUAGUGCUUGGCAAAACAAUGGAUCCAAGUACAUCCUGUAUUCUGUAUUCCUGCUUUUAUGUUGCAAGUAAAGUCCGUUAGUCCACAACUUGCUUCUUUUACUAUUUUCUGCUAAUAAAGUCAAAUUACUUAUUCAAAUUCCUGACUUGUCUUUAAAGCAUUCCCUUACACACAUUAUGUUAAUGUAGCAAUAUUUAAAUAGAAAGGGCUUUUUGCAGAUAAUGAACUUUUUUUCAAAGAGGUCAUUACUGUGGUAGCUUUAUGUCGACCUCAGACAAUGAAUUUCUGUAUAAUAUAUACUGUGUAAAAAUCCUCAAAGUCAGAGUGCAAUAUCAGAUUUAAGCUUUUCCGUUUUCUAUUUUUGUCGUUAUUUAGUUAGUUUUGUUCUUUACUCCAUGGCAGUGUGGUACUUUUGUAACCUGCUUGCAGCAUUUCAGUCGCAGUGAUCCAGGACCUGGAUCCUUUAGUAAGUUUCAUGCAUUUAAACUGGUCGCAUUGUCUAUCUGAAGCAGCAGUAGAGCUCUCGAUGGACCCAGACUACUUAAUCAGGCACUGCCACUCAGCAGUAAUGAAUCAGCCCAGGGACCUGUCAAGGUGAUGCAUACUUUCCCAGUAUGGCAAGUACUAGUUUUUCUACUGUUUUAUGCAAAUUUUGGCAAACAAGUCCAUAUAAAGCUGCACUAAGGAUGAAGACCCUUGAAGUAUUAUGUAUAAAUACAGAUGUAUAGAUCAACCUAUUAUAUUGACAUUUAUUAUUAUGGGUAUAAAUAUAUAUGUAUAAAUAUUUAAAAACGUUCACAUUAAAGAUUGUUUGUAUCUACCUAUUGAUAUGCAUUUUGCACAUUAGAUAUUUAAUUUACAUCCAAGUAGUCUGCUUCGUGCUAUGCAAGAACCACCUUGAGCCACUCUUUUCCUUUCUGUUCUUUUCUUGACCAUUGUGUUUAAAAGUAACCAGAUAUUGUAUAAAGCUGAACUCUUUACUAGAGGUGAUGUAUUCAAUUUAGCUUUUAUACAUUGUUUUGGUAUGUAUUUAUUAGCAUUAAUUAGUAUUCCUUUACUUAUGGUAUAUUUCAGUGGUAAAGGUUACUGCUACUUUUUUGGGGUUUUUGAGAAAUGACACUGAAUGUUUAUUGCACAGUGAUACAGAGACUUGGCAAUAAAAGGAAAAUAAAUAAAAUACAGUUUUAAAAUAAA